UACUAUGCUGAGUUGACAUACGUACCACAAAUCGGUACGUCAGGGAGAAGUAAUUUGGGAGUCUACUUGGUAGCUUGUCGUUGUACGUCAUCGUUAUCGACAUCUCUCUGAAAACAAACCCGCAAGAAGUGUUAUCGUUAAUUACAAAAACAAUUCGGGGUUUCCAUUAAGAAUUUUCCAUCCUUGUGUCCAGCUUCAAGAUGAAUUACUCAGAGAAUAUCACAGCCAGUCUGGAUAAUAGCAGGAAUAGCUUGAGAAGGAUUGUCAGAUACGAUGAAACCGAAUUUUCCAACCAGAGCAUUUUGCACGUGAUGGAUAAGUUCGUGAAGAGUGUGAAUACGAUGGACGAAACCAUUCUGGUCCCUUGUAGGCUGAUGGACUUGAAAGUUGGCGAUUCUAAUGACCCGGUUAUCAAGGACUGCAGCAGUCGCACUGUCAAAGAAAUGCUAAGAUCAGCCGAUCUGUACAAAGUGUACAACAUGAUCCAUGAUGUUAAAGGGGACUUGAUUUGGGGCCGUCAGACAACCACAACCAAUAUCAAACGACAAGGACACGUGAGACGACCAUCCACAGCUAGUGUGGCCUCCAGCAGUUCGCUGAACAGCGAUAGCGAAUCCGAUGGCGGUACAGAAACUGAUUCUGGUAUCGAAGAAGUCCAAGAUGUGAAUUACACAGACAGAACCGAAUUGGUGACGUCAGAUUUUCGAAUGCAUUUAGCUGGAUUGACCAACUCUUUGAAGCAGAUGACUGAAGCUGCUCAGUAUCUAACUUCCCGUUAUCAACACGACAUUGGUGGACCUUAAUUGAAAAUCUCUUUUAUUUAUUGUUAGGUAAUUUUUAUAUUAUUGUGUGCAAACGGUCAUGUUUGGGUGUUUUUAAACUGUGAUUAAGUCAAAGAGUUGAAACAAAUAGAAUCUUUAAUUUUUCGUAUCUGAUAUUUCGCAUACUCAGAACGCGCAUUUGUUUCUCUAUUUGUCAUUAUUUAUUUCUGUUGUAUGAAAGUGCUAUUAUACAACUAAUAAAAUAUUUUCCUUAUCGAAACAACUUUUUUUUUGUUGUUCCUUUCGAACUGUCAUGACAUAUCGAAAAUUUCACAUUAAUGUAAAUUUUUAAAAGCGGUUAUUUUCUUUCGAGGUUAGAACCGAAAGGGAAAUUCUAUUUAAAUAAUAUUGUUAGCAUUUUAUUUAUCUGUAUCAUGGAAAAUUGUUGUAUCUAAAAAUAAAAUAUUUUCCCAA